UCCAAAAAUAGUAAGAGCGGAUAUGGGUACAGAAAAUGGAACUAUUCGUCAACUACAAAUAUUUCUUCGAGAAGAUGAUGCCACAUGUAACCCAAACAGUGUCUUCUUGUAUGGGACGAGCAGAUGUAACCAGAGAAUUGAAAGCUGGUGGGGAAUCUUAAGAAAAGAGUUUGCACAAUUUUGGAUGAACGUUUUCGAGUCAUUUAAGGAUGAUGGCCAUUACUCUGGUGAUUAUCUUGACCAGGAAUUGAUACGCUUUUGCUUUCUUGAGAUAAUACAGGAUGAACUAGACAUGGUCGCACAAACCUGGAGUAGUCACAGAAUUAGGAAAACGAAAAAUCAAAGAACGCCAAACGGGAGACCUUUUGUGUUGUACAAUUUUCCUGAACUUUGCGGCACCGAAGAUUUCUUGUGGGACGUUGAGGAAAUGAAAAUAGACUUGUGUAAAGAGCAUUGCAUCAAAAAGUCUAAAGUGCCUUGUGAUCAAGAUUUAUUUGAAUUGUGUCAUCUUGAAAUGGAAAAUCAUGGGUGGCAGAAGCCAGUUAACCCACAAGAAGCAAUUGAUUUGUACAUAUCAUUAUCUCCUGUCAUUCGAAACUUAUUGAUUUAAAAAUCAAAUGCACUGAAUUGAAAUUUGAUUCAGCUCUU